AUGACUAGGAAAAGGAAGUUUGAAGACUGCGAAACAAUAGCAUUAACUGAGGAGUGUAGUGCAAUUAUACAAAUUAAGCUACCACCGAAAUUGAAGGAUCCAGGAAGUUUCUCUAUAUCUUGCACCAUAGGUAACAUUGAUUUUUCUAAAGCAUUGUGUGAUCUUGGUGCUAGUGUAUCGUUGAUUCCCCUAACGGUGGCUAGACAAUUGGGUUUGAAGGAGCUUAAACGCACUAAUAUUACUUUGCAACUGGCGGACAGGCCUAUUAGAUAUCAAUUGGGAGUGUUGGAGAAUGUAUUGAUAAAAGUUCAAAAAUUUAUCAUUCCAGUGAAUUUUGUGGUGUUAGAUAUGGAAGAAGAUGUAUCUAUGCCAAUUAUUCUUGGUAGACCAUUUUUAGCUACUGCAGGUACUAUUAUUGAUAUUAAAAAUGGCAAGCUGAAGUUUCAAAUAGGUGAAGAAGAGGUAGAGUUUAAUCUGCAUGAAAUGGAAAAUUACCCUUCUUUUACAGAUCAUGUAUAUUCUAUUGGCACAAUUGAUAAACUAACUCAAGAGAUGAGCCAAGUCAAUUUUGACUUUGAUCCUCUUGAAUAUUGUUUAAUGAGUUUAGGUAAGCAAGAAGGUAAUUGUGGAGAGAUUGAAGAAUUGGCCAAGUAUUUGAAUUUUCAAGCACCUUAUAAAAAGGGUAAUUUGUAUGAAAGUCUUGGCCAAGGAAAAGGGCUUUUACCAUCUUCAGAAAUUGAACCUCCAAAACUAGAGCUCAAACCACUUCCAACUCAUCUAAGGUAUGAAUUUCUUGGAGAAAAUAGUACUUUACCUGUAAUUGUUAGUGCUGACCUUGAUGAUGAGUAG